AUGACUGAAGUAGACAGGAAAAAACCGUUCUCGAGUUUGGAAAAGGAUUUAUUUUUAAAUAUCAUACAGAAAUAUGAUACGAUCCUAACCUCUAAACAAACAAAUGCCACGAGUGCUUUAAAAAAGAAGCAGUCAUGGGAGAAAAUAGCGGAGGAAUUUAAUGAAUCCUCUAUUGUUACUCAAAAGGCAUCUACUAAACAAUUAAUAAAGCUGUGGUAUAAUAUGAAGGCAAAAGCAAGGGAGUCUAAAACGAAAGAAAAUAUUCGCCACUUAACAGGAGGUGGGCCAUCUGUUGUGGAUAUGGAUUCAAUCGAUUCCAAAGUCAUGGAUAUAGAUAAAAAUAUCCUUACUAACAUUGCUGUGGAUAUCGAUAGUGAUAUUGAUGGGAAUAUAGUUUUAUUAGGCGAUAGUAACAAUGAAGCUUGGUGUAAAACAGCAGAAGAAACAAUACAAGUUUCUCAGGAGGAAAAGGAAAUAAACUUCAAAACUCCUAUCAAAAAGAGUUACGACAAUUUGAGAAGUAAUAAAAUAGAUACAUUAAAGUGUAAAAUAUUAGAAGAAGAAUUAGAAUUUAAGAAAAAAAUGCAUGAGGAAGAACUAAAGAUGAAAAUUUUAGAGAGAGAACACAAAGAAAAUUUGUUUAAAAUUGAAAUGCAAAUAAAGUUAAAAGAAUUAGAAAAACAUUACCAAGAAUAA